CUCGAGCUUUCUCUGGCCCCAGACGCCUUUGUUGUGUCUUCUUGCUCUUGUGCUGCAGACCCUCAAAGGCUUUGCCUAACCUUGGCACACCCUGGUCUUCCCCGAGAAGUAGUGCGGAGUUGCGGUGGGCUGUGCGGGCGGCGUGGGACCACGGCUGCCGUGUGCGCCCAUCCCAGCGCCCGAGCGGGGAGAGCCGGCACCGGGCGGGCGAGGCUGCUGGGGGUGGGCAGGGCCGAGACCUGCGGCCGUGAGCCCCUGUCCGCCCCUAAGGAGAUUGCGGCGAAGGCAGCGGCGGCGGUGGUGGCCGCGGCGGCACCCUCACUCCCUGGCCGGUGCGCGUGGGGCGGACUCCGGCUUGGGAGCGUCUGUAGAUGGACUCUUGGGCAAGGGGCUGAGAACUAGGCUUGAGCGCCUUUGGACUCUGCUGCCCACAGUGGGCGGGUGACGCCGCCAGUCUAGGUGGUGGUCCAGAGGACUUAUUACUUUGCGUUUUGGGGUGCCUAAAGUCCUGUUCUACAGUGACCCACAUUUCGGGUUUUUAAAGACCUCACUUCAGAGGCGAUCUUUUACGCUGACAAGAAGUUGAAGUGUUUGUGGUGAAUUUUUAGGACUUUUAGGACACGUUUGUUUUAAAAGUGAGACUUGUUCAUUUGAUGAUAUUUGAACAUCGCUCGCAAGGCAUAAAGUAGUAUCAGAAAAGUGAGAUUUUUUUUUUUAACUUGGAAAUUUGCCUUAAGGAACAACGUUAGGAGGUAAAACACUGUCUUUAUACCUAAAAACCCAAACUAGUUUCUAUCCCUUCAGUCAGAUGGUAAAAUGAAGAAGUGGUCAGAUCUAGAGACUUACCUGGGGCGCUUUCAUCCUUUCAUGGAUGCCCGACGAACUCACCAACUGAUGAUAGCUUAAACAGCCUAGUCCAGAACUGUUAAUUUACAGCAGUUAAUUCAACCUUGAAAGUUAUGGGACAGUUUACUUCCAACUUUUAAGAGUAUGAGUCUAGAUUGGGUCAUUGAAAUUUUUCAUUGACAUUGUCAAGAAAGUGAAACAUAAUUGCCUAGUUUUGGUUGUCUUAAAGUUUUAAAAAUCUAAGAUUAUGAGGAUGCAUUUUUAUAAUGAACAAAUAAUUAAGAUUUCAAUUGUAUGACAAUUAGAAACCAUUGUGAUUCAAAAGGACUGCGGCAUUCAUAAAUUGUGAAUGAAGAUGAGAACAACGAUAAGGGGCAUUCAGUGAUUGGACACAGCCCUGUAGCUUUUUGGCUGACACAUUUUUUAUUGUUUAUAUUUUGUUUGGCAUCUGAGUAUGAUUAACUUAGAUAUGGCUAUUUUAAGCAAGUAAACGUGCACUUUAAAUUUAACAAAACUGGAAAAAUGGGUUGUUUGAGUUAUUUGUAUUUUAAAAGCUCUGAAUGAUAGUAACCCACGAAUAGGAAAGGACUAGCUCAGGUAUAGCACAUCGCCUGUAGUGUUAAAAGUUUCUUUUAUUUAUCUAUCUGCGGGCUUUUCUUUUUUUUUUUUUUUUUCCAUCUUUUUCUGGUAAACCAUGAACAUUUCUAUUCUUUCUACAUUGUGAUCAAAGGAAACAGAUUGAAGUAAGCUUUUCCUUCACAAAGUAUGGCCUAGCUUAUUCUUACCUGGGAAGGACUGGAUGAUCGCAUGUGAGUUCAUAUUUGUGUUUCCAACACUUGUUUUUGGGGAACUGCUAGCAAUUGCAUUGCAUUUUUAGUAUCUCCUAAAUAAGCAUUAAAAAGUCACUAGCCCCAUCUUAAUUUGUGUAUGUUAGAACUACUAUUGCAGAAUCCUGACACAUGAGGUGGUAGGGGCCUAGACUGCACAAUCACGCAACUAUCACAUUUCUAUUCAAGGACACAUACUUACUAACAGUAAUUCAGGGUGAUGACUACGCAUUCUUUGUUAUUUUAGCAGUAUAAAUCUGUGUAUUAGCACUGUUUUGGAACUUAAGGCCUACCAGAGAAGGAGUUGCAGCUUUAGAAUUCUCAACUAACUAUGUAGGUAACUUAAGGUAUUGCAAAAGUGAGAAUAUACUAAUGAGUUACUUUUGUAUCAGAUGAGUACUUUAGUUUUAUGUUACAGGAGCAUGAUAGCUGCCUCAUAACCUGUUUUGAGACAUACAGAUACAAAGUAAAAUACAUUGUUAAUUUGUUAGAAACUUUAAGAAGUACCUCAGGUCUUACAUGAAUGCAUGUAGGUUUUGUAAAAUCCUAAUUUAAAUGAUGCUACUAUUAACCGUGAUAUUUAGCAAGGUAGUUUGGUGUAGUAUCAUCAUAAAUCAGCAUUGGUAGGUCAUUAUGAGUAAAAAGAAAAUUAAGGAAUAUCUCUCUCUUUUAAUAUUUCAUUUUCUCUGCACAUAAGCUUUUGGUGCAACCCUCAGUUUGCAUGAUGAUGCUUUUGUUUCAUUGCCAUUCAACUUCUUUCAGCAUUUUUUCAGGGUUUAUUGUUACGUAGCGAUGAGGCUGCAGGAGUGCACAGUAUUUACCCUUCCGUUGCUACAGUGGGCCGGUUUUCCAACCCUUUCAUGGAAACUAUUGUUUCCUCGAAGCAGAAUAAAUAAGUCAAGUUAAGCAAGAUAUUUUUAUGUUUAUAUCUGGAACUUUAACUUGCCUAUUUAUUUUAUCAAUUUACUUCAACACAGGAAAGUUUUAUAAGAAAAAGGCUCUCACUGGAUAUCCAUGUGUUUUAAGGAAAAUUCUAAGUCAACUUGUCCAUGUAUCUCAGUGUAGAGACUUUAAAUGUUAAAUCACCUCCAUGCUUGGAUUUUAAAAACAAUUUUGAUAAUUUCUUAGUGUGAUUGUGAUUGUCCAUUAGUUAGUUAUUUGAAUGCCUUAAUCCUGUUUGUUUUUUCCAUGAGAGGACAGCCACUUUCCAGAUACAUGCCACUUAAAAUUAUUAAGAAUAUAUUAUGAUGCAGCUUUAGAAAGCAGUUAUACAUAGGCAAUAACACUUAGACAUGGAAUGCAAAAGUAUACAUGACAUAUUGCUUAUCUGCACUUAUUAUCAUUUUGGGACAGUAUGUCUUCUUCUCAAGUAAGUGUUUAACUUAGAGUUGAAUCUGCAUGAUGAGGAGGCUCCAAAAGAUUAAGGCGAAUUGGUGAGAUGAGAAAGUUUGCCACUCUGUUUAUCAAUAAAAGAAGUUAAUAUUGUAAAACAAUAUUUGCCAUCAGUAACAGCAAACCCAGGACAACAGUUAAACAGUAUUUUUUUUUUCCUUUUUUCCCAAGCUGGCUUUGAAUUUCCAAAUUCAACUUACAAAUUAGCAUCCUCGUGGUGUGAUGCAAUUGUUUAAAAUUUAAAACUUUUAUAGGAUAGAUGAUGUGUGUUGUCCAGUAUCAAAUCUCAAAACUGUCUAAUCAGAAGCUAUGUUUGAUGUGCAUGUAAGAAAAUGAAAUGUCACUGAACAUAGUAUUUAGGUAUCUAACCUCGUCAGUGUUCCUGGGUUACUUAAUAGCCGUUAAAUAAUGGUGCCUAUUACGAAGCAUGGUAAGAGUAAAAGGAGCAGGACAACGUACUCUCACCCACUGCUCAUUUACAGAAGUGUAGAUGCUUGUUUUUAAAUCGUAUCAGUAAAUCACAGUAGAAGUCAGAUCAUAGGAAGUAAGUUCAUAAAGUAAUUUCAGUCCACAUUUCCCUGCGCAGGCCGCCUUCCCCUUUUGCAGAUAUUUUGAGGGGAGGGGAUGAACAAAGUUUUUACAGUUACAGUGGGAGCUGAAAGCAUGGCAUCAGAAAGUGUAUGGGGAUGGGAUGUCUUCUCAUGGGCUGUGGUUGCUGUGAGCAGGGCUGCCUUCCCACACAAAGAACAGAUUGUGGUUUAACUCUUUCCGUGGUCUCCUUUAAUGUGCCCACAUAGUAACUGAAUUGUUCAGAUCUCUGCUGGAAAGUACUGAUCGGUUUAAUUUCCUCCAUGGCAUUUGGCUAUGCCUCAUGCUGAGAUGUAAUCAGCUACAUUCUGUAUUAUAAAAUUUUGAAUCAUUCUUAGUCGGCAAUAUGUCAGAAUACUUGAUAACCCUGUUAUUGAUUAAGGGAGAAGUAUACCUGAUCUGGAUCUGAAUGGAAAACUGUUACUAUGUUGCAGUCUCCUGCACUCAAACCUUGAGUAUUCUCCUACAAAGGCUUUCAUGGAGAUCUGAACGCUGAGGCAGCUUCUUUGUUGGAAUGCCAUUAGUUCACUUUGGAUACCUUUAUCUUAGGAAAUUAGUCACUCUGCUAGACCCUUCCCUCCACGUGCUUCAGAGUAACGAACCCUAGCAAGGAAAUUCUGGCUUGGGAUAUAACCUAUUAGAGAAACUUAUUUUGUGGUUAGGAUGACAGAACAGUCAGCAUGACCAGAAAAAAUGGUUGUGGUGGAGUUCUCCUUUGCUUCAGUGCUUGGCUUAUUGCAGUCACAUCGUGUGCAUGUGUGGGAUGCUGUUCUCUAAACAGCAAUAGGCCUGAGCUUGUGUGGCCAGCUUUCCCUAAGUCAGGAAGUAGUGAAACACUGACUCCAUUUGGAAGUCACCUGAAAUAUUUGUAGGUAGAGAUGAUCUGCAUGCAAUGCCUGACAGCCCCAUGCCUUUCAAAGGCUCAGAUAAAACAGGCAGAAAAAAAAAUGCUGGGCCUCAAGGUAAACUACUUCGUUCACAGUCAUAUAGUUGGGAACUGUAUGUCAGAAGCACUUGCCAUCUCCCAAGCACAUGUAUGUGUGAACCCAUAGUCCUGUCCCAUGUUCCAUCUGUGCAGCACAUGAAUUGUAGGGAUUCCACAAAAGCAGUAACCGACUAGGGUACACUCCCGGUGCCACUGUGCCACAGCAUGCAGAGAAACAAAGAGUGAAAAGUUGGUGCCAAGUUGCCAUUUUUCAUUGUUCACCUCAGAUUGAUUUUUAAGGGGUUUGAAUAAUUGCCAUACUCCUGUGAUCGGUUAACAAAUUAACUGACUCUGUGGGGCUUCCUCGUCUGUAGAAGAAGCCACCACAAGGACAUUCACAGUCUUUUGUUUUCAACUUCCAAAACUAUUUAAAAAUGUGUGUGUGUGUGUGUGUGUGUGUGUGAGAGAGAGAGAGAGAGAGAGAGAGAGAGAGAGAGAGAGAGAGAGAGAGAGAUGAAUGCAUGCUGGAAGCUAAUGUUGGUGGAACAGGGAGAGAAUGCACUGUUCAAGUAUGGAAACCUUGUGUUCAGAACACUGAUAGACAAGCUGUGUCCUUUGCCCACUUUCCCUCACUGUAUACUGGUUUCUCUAGUUACCACUCUUGGAAUGGUGCUGUUUCAGUGUUGGAAUGUUGGACGUUUGAUAAGAAAAUGGAUCAAGUUUAAUGGCGCAUGCUCUUUGUGCCCCCAGCAGCCUCUUGCUGAGAGCAUGCUCCAAAGCGGGAACUGUGUGGCAUUACAGUGAGCAUCUACAUGCUUUGUGUUUCUGUGCCACCGAGAAGAGAAAUGAACUGUGCCAUCGCUCCUGCCUUCUGAGAAGCUCUGCUCCUAUUUAAAACAAACAAACAAAGACAAACAAACAAACAAACAAACAAACAAAAAACCAGACUACUGUGUUCCUUGUAAAAUGGAUGAAUUCCACCCAUUUAUUGAGGCACUUCUUCCUCACGUCCGUGCAAUUGCCUAUACUUGGUUCAACCUGCAGGCUCGAAAACGCAAGUACUUUAAAAAGCAUGAGAAACGAAUGUCGAAGGAUGAAGAAAGGGCAGUCAAAGACGAGCUGCUCAGUGAGAAGCCCGAAAUCAAGCAGAAGUGGGCAUCCAGGCUCCUGGCCAAACUGCGCAAAGAUAUCCGCCAGGAGUACCGGGAGGACUUUGUGCUUACCGUGACUGGCAAGAAGCACCCGUGCUGUGUCUUAUCCAAUCCAGACCAGAAGGGUAAGAUUAGGAGGAUCGACUGCCUGCGACAGGCAGACAAAGUCUGGCGUCUGGAUCUAGUCAUGGUGAUCCUGUUCAAAGGCAUCCCUUUGGAGAGUACGGAUGGAGAGCGACUCAUGAAGUCCCCGCACUGCACAAACCCAGCACUUUGUGUUCAGCCACACCACAUCACAGUAUCAGUUAAGGAGCUUGACUUGUUUUUGGCAUACUACGUGCAGGAGCAAGAUUCUGGACAAUCAGGAAGUCCAAGCCACAGUGAUCCUGCCAAGAAUCCUCCAGGGUACCUCGAGGACAGCUUUGUAAAAUCCGGAGUCUUCAAUGUAUCAGAGCUUGUGAGAGUAUCCAGAACACCCAUAACCCAGGGAACUGGAGUCAACUUCCCAAUCGGAGAAAUUCCCAGCCAACCAUACUAUCAUGACAUGAACUCUGGUGUGAACCUGCAGAGGUCGCUGUCUUCUCCACCGAGCAGCAAAAGACCCAAAACUAUAUCUAUAGAUGAAAAUAUGGAGCCAAGUCCUACAGGAGACUUUUACCCCUCUCCAAAUUCACCAGCUGCUGGAAGUCGAACAUGGCAUGAACGAGAUCAAGAUAUGUCUUCUCCAACUACAAUGAAGAAGCCUGAGAAGCCACUGUUUAGCUCUACAUCUCCACAGGAUUCUUCCCCAAGAUUGAGCACUUUCCCCCAGCACCAUCAUCCCGGAAUACCUGGAGUCGCGCACAGUGUCAUCUCAACUCGAACUCCACCUCCGCCCUCACCGUUGCCAUUUCCGACGCAAGCUAUCCUUCCUCCGGCACCUUCCAGCUACUUCUCUCAUCCAACAAUCAGAUAUCCUCCUCACCUGAAUCCUCAGGAUACUCUGAAGAACUACGUACCUUCUUAUGACCCAUCCAGUCCUCAAACGAGCCAGCCUAACAGCAGUGGUCAAGUAGUAGGGAAAGUGCCUGGCCAUUUCACACCUGUCUUGGCACCCUCUCCCCAUCCCAGUGCAGUGCGACCUGUGACCCUGACCAUGACAGAUACUAAACCCAUCACUACAUCCACUGAAGGUGAGGCAGCUUCACCUACAGCAACCACCUACACAGCCUCAGGCACAUCUCAAGCCAAUCGAUAUGUGGGACUAAGCCCAAGAGACCCAUCCUUCCUGCAUCAGCAACAGCUGAGGAUUUGUGACUGGACCAUGAAUCAAAACGGCAGGCAUUUAUACCCCAGUACCAGUGAGGAUACAUUGGGAAUUACUUGGCAAAGUCCUGGUACCUGGGCUAGCUUGGUUCCUUUUCAAGUGUCAAAUAGGACACCCAUCUUACCGGCAAAUGUCCAAAAUUAUGGUUUGAACAUAAUUGGAGAGCCUUUCCUUCAAGCGGAGACAAGCAACUGAGGGGAAAGAACCACAACCAUAGUAUAAGAAAAUUAGGGGAAAAACACCCAACAAAGGAAAAGAGGAAGACUGGACAACAGGGAGAAAGGAGAGAAACUGAAGAAAGAAGACGGUAGACCAGCAUUGCAGCACUUACAGUCACUAAUUCCCUUAAGGUUGAGACUAUAGUGACAGGAAAGGGUCAAUGACAUCUCACUGAUGCUAGACUGCAGCCCCUGCACCGUAGCCUUUGUUACAUGAAGUCCGCUGGGAAAUAGAUGUUCUGUCUCUAUGACAAUAUAUUUUAACUGACUUUCUAGAUGCCUUAAUAUUUGCAUGAUAAGCUAGUUUUCUUGGUUAGUAUUCUUGUUGUUUACGCAUGGAGUCACUAUUCCUGGUUAUCUCAACAACGAAGGCUAGGAGGCGGCGUCAGAGGUGCUGGGGACAGAGCCAUGAGCCAGCCAUUUUAUAAGCACUCUGAUUUCUAAAAGUUAAAAUUAUAUAUAUAUAUAUAUAUAUAUAUAAAAGAAUCUCUGUAGCCUUUAGUUAUCCGUACAGAUUUAUUAAAUUUUGGCCCUUAACCCAGCCUUUUCCAGUGUGUAACCCAGUUUGAAAUCUUAAAAAGGAAAAAAAAAAAAAAAGAGAAAAAAGAAAAAUAGGGAAAAAAAAAACAGUUUGAACUCAAAGGCUCUAUGGAAGAAAUGCCUCUAUGUGGGUAAAGGGUUACCUCUGCAUGCAACAGUAAAAAGUAAUAUAAUGUUUUCCCCACAAAAGAAACACUUAACAGAGGCAAGUGCAAUUUAUAAAUUUAUAUCUAAAGGGGAAUCAUGAUUAUAAGUCCUUCAGCCCUUGGACUCUAAAUUGAGGGGAUUAAAAAGAAUUUAAAAUAAUUUUGAGCGAAUUUAUUUUCCCCUCAGUUUUUGAGGGCAUUUAAAAUAAGGCAUUAAAUCAAGACAAAUCAUGUGCUUGAACAGAAAAAAAAUAAAAAAUAAAAAAAAUAUUGAAAACACAGCACUUAGGUUGGCUUAGCUGCAGCCUCCUCAGAGGUCAGAUUAUUUAUUUAAAAUUACUGGUUGCAUCAAGAACCCAUAGGGUGUACAAACGGUUCUAUACAAUCUGCAUCGUAGAGACAAAGAGGCAGGGAAAUCCAUGUCACAAGGGUAAAGCUCCCCGUGUACAGGCUGGGAAUGCCAGGUAGGCUAGGAAAACCCGCUCGCUCUUCAGAGAAGUGCCAUCAGGGUGCUGGGAACAUGCAUGGUGCUUUCGGACAUUAGCCUUGUUCAACACAUUUCUCGUAUUGACAGAUCUAUAGUGUGCAUGGGCAGACACAUGCUGCCUCUGUGUCUCUUAAAAUUUUAAUUAAAAGUACUCUUUCCAGUAAUCCUAAUUUGCACGAAGAUAUAAUGUCCACAUUACGUGCCUUGCCUUGAAAUCUAAAAAAAAAAAACAAAAGACAAAAAAAAACCACAAAAGUGACAUCACUACACUUGUUUUGCUGCAUUUAUUAUCGUUUUAAAUCUUUACCAUUUUUAUGACAAAAUAUUUUGUACUCCAGACGAAGAAAAAUGUGUGACAUCAUGGAUUUUUUAGACAGUUACACCUUUAUCUCACAUUUAUAAAGCAUAUCAUGGCUGUGUAUAGUUGCCGCUUAAAAAUUGUAAUCGACCAGCAAUAUUUUCAGUAUUUUUGGUGUUUUUUCUAUUAACCUUUCAUGUUUUUCAUCUUCCAAUUAAUAUUUGGGGGGGAGGGGUUUCAAAUUUAUACGAAUUAUGCAAUACCAAGUUUUGCCUAUGUAGGUAGUGCUUUUAGCUGUAUUGGUUAUUAUAGGUAAGUACACAGAUUUAAAAAAGAAAUAAUGUAUGCUUUUUUUGUUUGUUUGUUUAUUUGUUUGUUUGUUUUAAUUGACCAAAGUGGGUACUGCUAUUUUUGCAGUGUGAUGAGGUCCUUUUGUGUACUGAGAGAUGGACAGGGGAUUUUUUUUAAUAUACAUAUAUAAAUAUAUAUAUAUUCAGGGGUGGGUGGGAGGAUUUUUAACCCUUUACAGUGUAGCAGUGAAGCACUGCACCCUGAGAUGGGCCUGGGCUGCAAAGCAACUGUUCUGCCUACUGUGACAAACUUCAACUUAAACAGGUUUCCCUCCCUCCACCCCUCCCCGUACUUUCCCACCUGGAGUGCAAGCUGAACUCCUUUCUGGUUUCCAAGCUAAGAAACCAGGAAGAAAAAGCAAGCACAGCAAAAGCCUCCUAGAGGCCAACUUAGAGGAACUGCCCUGUCUUAUUUUAGUUGUUAUUGAUAGUUUUUUGUUUCUUUUUUUUUUUUUUUCCUGAAAGUUCCUGAAACCACAGUGGAAAGUGAGCCUGUCUCAUAUUUGGCAAAGACAUUUCUUGAAGUGCCCACAUAGCAGAUGUUGGCUGUUUCACACUUUUGAGUUUAACACAGGAAUAAGCUUUCUUCUACCAAACACAUUCCCCCAUCUGGAGGGAGAGCUCCCCUAGUCCCUCCCCGCCCUCUGUCAUUUUGUUAAUGACAGGAUAGGCUGCUCCUGUGACUUACUACUUCAAAAUGAAUGGUGUUGCACCUAGGAUCUUCUUCUUUGACAUCCAGAAGGUUGACUAGAGAGAGGGUUGCUCUUCUUGGAUGUAUUUGGACUGAUAGAGUAAAAUCAAAGUUCAGUUUUUAAGGAACAAGAAUAAAUCAAUCCUCUUAUUUUACCUGCCCUUGUAAACUGGAAAGUGGAGCAGAGGGAAAUAUAGAAUUUUAAGCAACCAAUUUUUCUGUGGAUGAAUUAAGUGUGUUUGAUAAUGAUGGUGGGGGUUGAUUUGAACGGGUGGUACUUCAAGUAUAUAUUUGAGUUAAUUUCCCCUGAGGACUACAGGUGAAUAGAGACCAAUUUUAUUUUGUCUUUUCCCCAUCCCCCACCUGGUCCUAUUGAGUGUAUCCAUUGCUCCAAGGAGAUCUUUAGGAAUUAGUGACAUACGCAGUCGGCUGUAAAGAAGCUCUCUUGACCCCACCCCCAGCCCCACCCCAGGCCCUGCCCUAGUAAAUAAACUGUCAAGUGUAUGCAUAGCAGAUCAUUUAAUAGUGAGUUCAUGAGAACGAUGCUCAGAAGCCCGGGAAUUAAAUCUGACUAGUCCAUUCAUGACCACAUGCUGGUUAGCACAGUGGGAUUCUAGGAUGCAGGUUCUAAGAAAGGCCAGCCUUGUCUGUUACUUGCUUUGCAGAUAACACAUCCUCUCAGCCAAGCUCAUAGUGUCUUUCUGACCUAUUUGCUGAAGAGUGCAACCCUACAGGACACAGUAUUCUUUCCAGGCAGUCCCCUCUCCUUGUCACCCGUGAAUGAACAAUUGUUGCUAAAGUACAUGGCACACUGUGGGCAUCCCUGCCUGCCUCUUGGGUACAGAGGCCUAGGGCAACUGUUCCUUUUUUUUUUUUUUUUUUAACCUAGUUCAAUGUUUCUUCUUUUCUUUGAGAUAAACUUAUUAAAAAAGCACUACUAUAGAAAAUCUCGAAUCCACGUUUAGCCUUCUAUUUUUUUUUAAAACCAGGAAGUAUAUUCUGACGAAGGGCCCCACUUUUGCAGGUCUUGCACGCCCCUUCCUUACCCAGACUGCAGAGCUUCAGGAUGGUGAAGGUCACCCAAGGGCAUCUGUUAGGAGGUGGUGUCUCCCACCACCAGCUCAUGGCACUGUCCAACCUUUGUUGUAUUGCUUUGCAGCCCACCACUCACAGUGCCUCUAAAGUGUGUGUUUCCCGAAGUGACGUGAGCAGUCGAGACUUGCCUAAGGGGGGAAAAAAAACCUGAGAGGCAGUGAAGGAGACUGUACAUAAAGACAUGGCAAAACCUUAAGUAUAGCAAUAUAGUUAUCGGGUAAUUUUCGGGUGGGCAGCUCCAUUAUAAAGUAUGUGAAUGAGUCUGUGAAGCUGCGAGGAGAGAGAAGAGCUUGGCCUUCUUAAUGAACCGCCUACCUUGUAGACAGUAAUUUGUACACUGUAUAGUUUUGUUAAGAAUUUUUUUUUAAAUUAAAAUUCCCAUGUUUGUAAAGCUAACUUUUUAACAAUUAUAAUGGAACUAUAUGUUGUUUCCAUUUUUAAAGUAAACAAGAAUAUUCCUUGUUUAGAGACUGGACUCGAGUUAAAACUCUCCAGGCUCUUAAGUUAUGUAUUAAAAAAAAAAAAUCUGUCCAUGUUAGGAGAUAUUUCACAGGUUCUUGUGCUUGAAAAGCAUAGGACGCUAAUCCUUAAAAAAAAGUGUAAAUGGAGAAAAGUUAUAUUUUAUGAAGGUUAUUUUGUUGUAUUUAGUAUUGGAAGAGUUGGUUUUCAGAGCAUUUCAGAAUGUUGGAAGCACCGCUGUCCUUUUGUUAGUAUAUAAGGCCUUUUAGCAAAGGUUUUCUCCUUUUUUUUCCUUUUUAUUUUGUGAUUAUUCCAUGAUGGUAUUUAAGGAUAAGUUUCACAGAGCAUUCAGGAUAGGCAGAAAAAAUAAUAGUGCGAUGUCUCACAUAACGUGUCCUCAGGGAGCAGAAUCCGGAUUUGUGACUUGUAGCUUCAAAAGGACUCAAGGGCAGAGACUGCACGGGAACACCUUGAGCAGCGAAGCAGGGCAUGUUCUCUACCUAGACGCAGAUUCUAUGUACCGUGUGAAACGAUGAAGGCUGCAGAAAGUUACCCCCUAUCAGUGAACAGUAUUCCUUCUCCAUGAAACAACGCUACAGUCUUGCUGGCAGAUAGGCCCCAAGCAUGGCAUUCAAUAUCGCUUACAUGUUCCUGUCAAGGUCUUUUGUUCACAUUAACCAGCUGCAUGCUUCCUGGACUUUAAAAAUUGGGGUUUCUAUAUUUAAAAAACAAAACAUAUGUGCAGGCUAUUCAAGUUCAAUAGUAAAAACUCAAAAUUGAAUGUUCUACUCCAUGCUGAAGGAGCUGAAAACUGCCUUCUUCAUGUUUUGCACUUUCUAGUAGUUGCCCUGUCUUUUCUAAUUCCUGGAAAUUGUGUGGGUGGAGUGGAUCCCUGCACUGGGGGGAAUAACAUGGACCACUGAUUUUGCCCUUUGACCCUGCACAAUGACCUUUGCAUCAGCCAAACUCAUUGCCAUGACAACUCUUUGUACUGUGUCGUGCCACAGAUCUGUUGGUCACAUUGUUAAUAGUAAAGGGGACAAGUUGGAGACGGUCAAUUUUUACAUUUUUUUUUGUUGCAAUUUUUCUUCAAUGGUUGUAAGUAGUUUUGUUUUUUUUUUUUAAUGAUAAAAGGGUUCAGUAGUUAAUACUCUUUAGAAAUAUCUGUGUGUUGCAAUUCAAAUGUAUGUUGAGAUUGUGAAAGCGCUUCAGUGGCACUAGCCUACGGGACCCUAGAUUAAGCCUUUGAUAACUUUUAUUGCAUGAUACAGUACCAGUAACAAAAGGUGGCCUAAACAUGAAAAGCAGUGUAUGCUAGUGUCACUCAAGCCAGUCUUGUAUUACUGUAUUUUUGACAGAAUGGUUUUGAAAACUGUGCUACAGGGACUGAUGUGGCAAAUAUAUCUCUUUAUGCAGAAGGAAGUCUUUUUUUUUUUAAGAAAAAAAAAAGAAGUAUGGCUUAUUAUGCAUUCUUCAUCGAGGGCAUUGAAGUUGCAUGGACUGAUAAAAGUUGAUGCAAAAUGAGAAAGAAACAAAAAGACAAAAACAAACAAAAAAAAAACAAAAAACAAAAAAACCAGCAAAAUGUUUACCAAAAAACUCAAACAAAUGAGCAGUGCCUGUCCAAUUUCACAGUCUCUGUUGAGUUCAGUUGUAAAUAUGUUUCAAAUGACAUUUUCUUGGGAAAAAAAAAUCUCUACAACGUUGUGGAAUGUGAGGGGCAACUGUCUCCCAGGCAUAGGCGUCUCAAAGCUGCGUCAGCUGGCGUCGUCAUCGGGCGGUUCAUUUGUGCUUCUGUCACUGAGAACUUUGAGCACCCUGGGACGAGGUACCCCCACCUCAAUGAUAUUUCUCUGAGAACAACUUUUGUAGGACUGUGUGUUUCUUUAGAUACAUUUAGUACAACUGUAGGUGACGAGUAGUCAGUCAUUGCUUGCUAGCCACACACCAGGGUUGAUCCAUUUUAAAACUUUUGGCAUAUUUGUCCUCCUGGGCCAUAAAUACAGAACCUUGUGUUUUAAUUAGAUUUUUGGAAAAAAAAUAAAACGAGUAAAAGGAGGCACAUGCAUAAUCUCCAUGUAACAAGCCUUUAGCAGUGGGAUGUAUUACAGGACAGUUACUUACUUAAUUUCUGGAGUUCGGGCCUCUGGGAUAGGCCCCAGACUGGGCCGGAAUGUUAGUGAAGGUUUUAUUGUGCCCGGUUGGAGGAUAAUGUUCUUUGUGUACUUUUUGUGGGUCGCAAAUGAACUCGAUUGCCACAAGUUUUAAACUGGUGUAAAUCAAGCUUGACUUAAUGUGAUUGUUACUGUUAUAUCCAGCCUAUACUGCUAGCAGCUGCUCAUACUGCAGUCAAUUACUGGAAGCGGAUAUAUUUCCUAUGCAAAAACUGUUUAAAACAAUAAAAUGAGCUAUGCUACAGA